UUUUGUGCAUCUCUUUCCCCUUUUCCUUUUCCACAUCGCAUCUGCUUGCUACCACCCACCACCCCAGGGACACCCGCCCGCUGCUGGCUGCAUCAGUGAGCAGCAGCAUAGAAUCUUAUUUCACUUUUUCGCUUAUUCUCGUUUGUGUCGUCUCCCGGUAAGGACGUACUUUUACGGUACUCACGUCGUCGUCUUCGAGCGGGUGGUUCGCGUGCUGUGUGUGCGGUGUGUGAUGUUCUCGUGAUUCCGGAGCGCAAGUGAUACACACGCGUUCUAGUCGGAUAACUAGGUGAGGGUGCAAUUGGGCUGCUGCUGCAACGAGUGCUCUUACGCGGUUCGACGGUUUAAGCCUGAGCAUGUGGAGGAGGAUUUCAGUGCGACCUAAGUGGAAUUCAGAAAAGUGCUGACUGGGACCGUGCGGGAUCGAUCGUGACCUCUGGCGCCUAAUUGAGAUCGAAGCAUUAAAUUGAACCUAAUUGACCAAUCGAGAGCCACCAGCGGUGUGAGUGUGUGAAACAGAGACGGUGUUCGUUGUCUCUGGAAAUAAUUUGUGAUUGCCGGCGUUUUUGUGACAGUGAAAAGAAGGCAGUGCUAAGUGAGGGCAGAAUGGCAGAGGAAAGCCUUCACGUUCCGGAUUCGAACAUUGAUUUCCAUAUCGUGCAGCUGUUUGAGCGGUUGGAGAAUCUGCGCCGGGAACCGGGUGGAGCUAAGCUGUCCAAUUCCCUGCAAGGACGGUCAAUCAACAUGCAUAAUGAACUACGAAGUUUGGAAUUCUGGAGAUCGAUAACCUCCGAGUGUUUGGCAUCGUUCUUCUACGUGUUUAUCGUGUGCGGCGCUGCGGCCGGUGCCGGCGUCGGUGCCAGCGUAUCCUCAGUUCUGCUAGCGACAGCUCUUUCGUCCGGCUUCGCCGUCACCGCACUGACCCAGUGCUUCCUUCACGUUUCAGGAGCCCACAUCAAUCCGGCCGUGACGAUUUCUCUGGCCAUAACCCGCAUGAUAUCUCCCCUGCGUGCUAUCCUGUACAUGAUAGCGCAGUGUGGAGGUUCGAUCGCCGGCGCUGCACUGCUCUACGGCGUGACGGUGCCCGGCUAUCAGGGCAACCUGCAGGCAGCCGUGUCGCACACCUCGUCCCUGGCGGCCUGGGAGCGCUUCGGUGUCGAGUUCAUCCUGACCUUCGUCGUGGUGCUGUCCUACCUGAUCUCGACCAAUUCGUACAAAAAGUACUUCGGUUCGUCGGCGAUUGCCAUCGGCGCGGCCUACAGUGCAUGCAGUUUCGUCUCGAUGCCUUACCUGAAUCCAGCGCGGUCACUAGGGCCAUCGUUCGUGCUGAAUAAGUGGGACAACCACUGGGUUUACUGGGUAGGCCCGCUGAUAGGAGGAAUGGUGUCCGGUUUGUUGCAUGAGUUCAUCUUCAGCACCAAGAAGACGUCCAAGAAAUCCAAAGAUGACGUCGAUUCCAGCGUCAACUCCGACGAAGACAUCAACUACGACAUGGACAUGGACAAACCGCAGCAGACGGGAAAGUACCACACCUACCGUCCAUCCACUGGAACCCUAGUAAGCCAACAGCGCUUCUGCCAAAGCAUCUACACUGCCGAACCGACCUCGAAGACCGAUCGCGUUGAGUCGAUCUACGGUGGUACAAAAUCUAUGUACUGCAAGUCACCUCCACUUACCCGUGCCAACCUAAACCGAUCGCAGUCCGUCUACACCAAAAGCAACACCGCUCUGAACCGCGAUAUGAGCAUCCGACCUGGACCACUAGUUCCUGCCCAGAGCCUGUACCCGCUGAGGGUCACCCAACCGCAGAGCUCCCAUCUACAAAACCAGAACGUUCAAAACCAACUUCAACAGCGAUCGGAAAGCAUCUACGGUAUUCGUAGCUCAAUGCGACAGCAAGGACCUCCGGAACGAAUGCCCCAACAGCUACAACCCCAUCCUCAACCUAACGAACCUCAAGGCUUCCAACCCAUCUACGGAUCUCGCAAUAACUCCAACUGCUCCUCAGAUGCCUUAAAGUUCGAUCGGGAGCCCCGCGAAAACAGCCGCGACGACUCCAUGUCCUCCAAGUUUUCCCGCUCCGCCCGACCGGAGUCCAUGUACGGUCAACGCCGGGUCCAAUCGGCCCAAUCGGAUGACAGCUCGUACGGGUCAUACCACGGACCUGGACCUGCCAUCACACCCCCAACAAGGAACGCCAGCAAUAGCAGCAGCAACUACAACGGAGGCAUGAUGCUGCCAAACUACGGACCCGGUCCCGUUGCGAUGACUCAAAUGCAAUCGGAACGCAAGGCUUCGUCUUCUUCGCAGCAGCAACAGCAGCAGCAGCAACAACAUCAACAACAACAUCAACAGCAACAACAGACCAUGGGCAAUCGGACGCCCGUCAGUAUACAGAACACCAAUCUUCCGCCACCGCCACCCCAGCUUCAGAACCAUCCGGGGGGCUACCCGAUGGCGCACGCCGUGCGGCAGAACUGAAUCUCCCUGGAUGAAUCCCAGUGCCAGACUAUAGAACAAUGUAAAAAUGUGUGGUUUUCUUGUUCGUAAGUUAGGAGCAGAGUUUUAGGCCUAUUAGUUAGUCCGUGUUUUGAGUAAGCAGUUUUCUACUAUAGAGAUUUUAUUUAUUGUCAUUUUUUUCUACAGAACUACUCUCUUGAGUUUCCAAUCUAUCAAGUACUUUGAAAGGGCUAAACAUUUUGAAAUAGGUUUCAACGUCAUUGCGAAUUAUUGACAUUAUAAAGACUGAUAGAAACCCACUUUUGUGUGUAGGAGAUUUAUGUAUACACCUUGAAAAACAGUUGUUGUUGAGAUUUUGAUGACUUUUGAUUCCUAGAAAACUAUUAAUUAAAAACCAUUGUUGGCUAACAUAGACCUUAAAAACAUAUUGUGAGGAAUAGUUGCAGUUAGAAACGUCAAAUGCAUCAAUCAAUACAAACUCCAUAUUAAAAAAACAAAAUCAAUAAUAAAAACAACAGCGACUGACCUUAAUGUUGGCGAAAUGCUCUCUCACAAUUCUGAUAGAACAAAACAAAUAUCUGAGCUGUCAUCCUUAUAUAUUCUCCGCUAGAAUUCUCCAAUGUUUUAGCAACUUAGUACAAAUGUAUAUAUUAAAAUGGAUUUUAGCAUAACCCUAGAUAGGAUUAGAUAGUCCAAGUAAGUGUUCAACCAUUUGAAUCGAUAACGAUAUCGAUAAAUAAUCAAGGCAUUCAUACUACCUUUGCUUACUUCAGUUUGUCUUGUGAAAAUAUAUUUUUGUAUUGUGCCGUUACUAUUCUGAUGAUUUCUUCAUUGCAGCUUGUUCUAGUAAUUAAACUAUCUGAAAGUCCCAAUUGAAACGGAUCCAAUCAUUCGUAGUAAUUUCUGAACCAAUUUAUUAUCUUGAAGUUAACUCCAAACUCCAAUAAAUGCCAAAAUCUUUUUCGAGACAAAAAAAGAAUCCGAUUGUAACGCAGUUGUCAGGUUUAGGAAUUUCAUAAUGUAGUCGAGUAAACUUGUUGUAUUAUCAUAAUAUUGUAAAUAUCUACCAAUUAGAUUAGAAAAAUAUGAAAGGAUUUAUAAUAAAGUAUCGAAUUUUUAAACAGGA